AUGAAGUACGCAUAUCUACACGUGUCGCUCGCAGCCGUUGCUCUUGCAGCUUUUGCUUCCCUGGAUCGAGCGGGAGCUGUUACAGCACAGGGAGGAGGAGGAGGGGGAGGGUCCAAUUGGUAUCUGCGAGCGCCGGAUGGUUCUUCUCAGGGGCCGUAUGGUCUUUCUCAGCUAGGGGAGUGGUCUAGAGCCGGGUAUGUGUCGGCAGACUCCCAGGUGCAGUGGGGGGCGGGAGGACCCCCGCAGGCGUUGUCCAGCGUGCUCGGGGCUGGUGGCGGCGCCUUCGGCGGAGCGCUAUCGGGGGGGGCGUCAAGCGAGGACGGGGGUGGGGGUGGGGGGGGGGAUGGUCGGCGGGGAGACGAUGACACCUCAGAAGAAGGGGGGUACGACUACAGGGCAGCUGCAUCAUCACAGUUGUGGGGGGAUGACUCCGAGGAAGAGCAGCCUUACCGCCAUACUGGAGGGAGAGGCUCGGCGCGGCCAGGUGGUGGGGCGAGAGACGAGUGGGGGUCCCUCAUGUCCGAGAGAGUCACUGCCGUGGAGGGAGGUCGCUGGUCUGAGAGCGUGUCCGCGGCCAAGGGCACCUUCAAGAAGCUCUUUUCCGUCGGCCGGAAAAGCGACAACCGACGGAAGCGAGUUAACGGUGGCCGCGGUAGCGGCAGGGGCAGAGGUGGCGGCCGCAGCCAGGGAGGGGGCGGGCGGUACCCUCCGGGGGCUCGCGGCCCGGGGCGCGGAGGUAGGGGGUACCCUCAAGGGAGAGGUUCAUCGUACGGAGCCCCCCCGGGAGGCAGUGGAGAUGGAGGCUGGAACAGCGGGGGCAGGGGUUCUGGUUAUGGGCAGGGCGGUGGAGAGUGGGGGGAUGUACAGGGAACGGGCGAGGUGAACCAGGGAGGUUCGUGGCAGACAAACUCCCAAGCCUCUUCGGCCCAGCCGCUGUCGCAGCAGCAGCAGCAGCAGGGCCCGGGCGAAGCUGGUGGAGUAUCACCCCCCGCGCCCCCGCUUGCGACCGCUGCGUACCCCCCCCCGCCGCCCCCGGUCCCCUCCCCCGUCUCCCCGGAGUUGCAAGACGGCGAGGGAGGUGGACAAGGUCAGGGGGUGGCAUGGGACGCGGCUGGGAGCGGUAGUGGUGGUGGUGGUGGUGGCGUUGCACCCCCGUCUUCGAUACCCGAAGAAGUUGCACCGCCGCCCCCGCCGCCAAACCCGUUGCCAGGGCAGAUGCCACCGUCCGCGGAAGGGUAUUCGUCGUCUCCGCUGGGGUCAUCGGGGGCGGCGCAUUCGAGCCCGGCUGCCCCUGCGGCUGGGGCGGCGAUGGGUGGGUUGGAUCCGAGGGAGAUAGAGGCGUUCUACGCGGCGCAGAAGGAGUACGGUGCGGACAGCGGGCCGGCGGCUGGCGAUGCCCAACCACGCAAGAGAAUGGGUUGGGGGCGUCGAGGGAAAGACAUCCCCAAGGAGAACCUGGCCGCCAUGGGGCUCAACUACGGCGAGGCUGAUAGAGAGCCGGUGAGGGAGCGAUCCCCCCGCCGUCGUGGACGUAGCGGCUGGUUCGGGUUCGCGAAGGGGAGCCGCGGCCGGCGUGAGGUGCUGGGCGGCAGGGUGUCGGUGGACUCGAUGAAGCUCAAGUAUGAGGAGGGCUGGAAUGUCGAGGCGGAAGGAGAAGGCGUGUUUGCCGCCGUCAAGAGCGUGGCUGGGCGUUCGAUUUCUCGGAUGACCUCCCCAAGCAAGGCUGUAACCUCCAUGACCCCGGUGGCCGGAGUGAGGUUGCUGGCGAGAGCGGGAGGGGUUUUCCCCCUGUUGCUGUGGUGGGCGUUUUCUGUCAUGAGGGGGGUGCUUCCUGUGGUGAUGUCGUGGCUGGUGUCUAGGUUAAUGCACCGGCUAGCCGAUUUCUCCGCGGGCCGUUACACGUUAUCGACGUCCCACUACCGAGAGUGCCGGUCAGCGUGCUUCAAGCUGCUCGGGCAGCAGGCGGGAGCAGGGCUGUCACUUGGCGUUGCCGCUGGGGUGGUGAGAGGGUGGCUGAGACCGAGGGCGCGGGAGCGAUCAGCCGCUGUGUGCCGCCGUGCAUUGGCGGGCGUGUCUGUGGCGGGAGGUACCGACCGACCACCGCCCUCGGAAUUCCGCGAGCUUAGCCUCGCCCCCUGGAGCUACAUGCAGCAAGUGAUGGAGCUCUCGAGGGGCGUGGCGGGUGUGGCGGCGGUGGUGGCGGUGCUGCAAACGGUGUGGCCGUUUCGUGGACCAGUGACCCUUGGCGGAGGUGCGGCGGUUCUGCUUUUGCUAGAGAGCAUCCGCACGUUGUUGGGGACCGAGGACCCUGGCGCCGCAGAAGUCCGUGGUGGUGGUAGCGAUGUUGCUGAGCCGUCGGGAGGCAUCCACGGCGGUGCUAGUGGCGGUGCAGUCGCUAACGCCGAGGCCGAAGCGCGCGGCCUUAGAAAGGUUUUGCUUUCGAAAAAUUCUGCUGUCCUGGAGGCGGCGGAACACCAGGAGGGUCGAAAAUCACGAAUCAUCACCACCCGCAGCGUUGUCAGGGGGUCCGUGACAUGGCUCGUGAUGUCUGCCUUCGCGGUAUAUGCCCUGGUUUCCGUUGUGGAAGAAGAGUUGGCGUUCCAGUUCGGCACUGCUCGAGUCACCCUGCUCAUCACCCAGGUGUGGCUAGCAUACGCGAGUCUCCAGGGUGCUCUCAGCGGCCUCGGCCAGGUGGCGAGGUUAAGGUCUACCGCAGCAAGGAUGCAGGCGAUCGCCCUGGCAAGGCCUGAAAACGGCGGCGGUGGAAAAGAGACCGGGCUAGGAACGGAGGGGGGCUGGUCUAACGAUGGCCCCGAAGCGGCUGAUGGGCUGAGGCUACAGGGUGUUUCCUUCACGCCCAGCGGCAGAACUCGGCAGGCCCUCUCUUCCGUCGACCUGCAUGCUCCGGCAGGGUCGGUGGUGGCGGUGCUCGGCGGGGCGGGGGCGGGGAAGACGGCGCUUCUCCAGCUUGCGUUGGGGUUGAUGAAGGCGGACAAGGGAGAGGCCAUGUUCCAAGGGCGGCCCCUGCAGGAGUGGGAGACUGGAGCUUAUCGAGAACGGGUCGCCUGGCUCAGCCAGGUAUCCGGCCGUUUCGGCCUAACGGCGGGCGAGAACAUCGGGGCUGGCGACCCGUCAGAGUUUUCUAACCGAGAGCUGUGGGCGAGAGCGGCAGGUCUUAGCGGCGCCAACACCGCGAUAGAGUCCUUGCCGCUGGGGUACGAUACUCUGCUAGAGGAUGGGGGAGGGCCGGCGGCGGCGGCAGCGGGGGGUGGGGGGUCUGGACUGUCUGAAGGGGAAUGGCAGCGGUUGCAGCUGGCGCGUUUCUUGAUGCGAGCCGAUGUAGCCAAGCUGUUGUUGCUCGAUGAACCUUUCAAAGGGGUCAGUCCUUCCGAAGCCUCUAGAAUGCUGGCGGCGCUGGGUGCGCAAGCCCGAGCAACUGGCCAGGUUGUGGUGGUGGCGAGCCAGGAUCUUUCCCUUGGGAGAUGGGCCGACGCCACCGUGUAUUUGGAGGACGGGAGCGUGUCGGAGUCGGGUCGGUGGGAUGACUUGCUGGCAAGCGGUGGCCCCUUUGCGACGGCCGUUCGAGAGCACGACGCCUUCUAACCUAACCUAACCUAACGUAGCCUAAUGUAACCCUUAGGGAGUGUGGAGUUUGACCUAAUCAAAUGCUGUUGUUUUGGUCUUGCCAAACGCUUGGGUGUGGAGUUGUAGAUGAGGGGAGCGCGCUCGGCGGUGUAAUUCGCAAGAGUUAUGGUGGCGGCAAGGGCCUUGUUUGUUUCUUGUUUGGUUCUGCUUGUCCUGCAGCAGCUUGCACGGCUUCACGCAGGCAGCCAUAACGAGUCGUUUGUUGGCAUGCACCGACGGCAGCAUACCUUCGUCUUGGUUGGAGACACAAGAAUACUGGAGGUGUGUGUGGUGCCUGUU